AUUUGGUGACGCUAACGGGUAAACACCUGGCAAACAUCAAGAAGAAGAAGCAUGAUGAAUGUUGGCUAAUCCGAGCUAACGAAUCCGGUUUCAUUCACCCUAAUUUUUUUUUUGGUCAAAAAUGAAACUGUACUGUCUGUCCGGACACCCCACUCUUCCCUGCAAUGUCCUCAAAUUCAAAUCCACCACCGUCAUGUUGGACUGUGGACUGGACACCACCUCUGUGCUCCACUUCCUGCCGCUUCCUCUGGUGCACAGUCCAAGACUCUCCAAGCUCCCAGCUUGGGUCUCCAAAGACGGAACAGUGAACAUGGAAAAGGAGCUGAAGGAAUGUGCAGGAAGAGUGUUUGUGGACUCACAGCCAGAGUUUUGUCUCCCUGAGAGAGACCUGCUGGAUAUGUCCACCAUCGAUGUUAUCCUUAUUUCCAACUAUCACUGCAUGAUGGCGUUACCUUACGUCACUGAAAACACGGGCUUCACUGGGACUGUGUAUGCCACAGAGCCCACCCUGCAGAUCGGCAGACUGCUGAUGGAAGAGCUGGUCAACUUCAUGGAGCGAGUUCCCAAAGCCCAGUCUGCUACCUGCUGGAAGAACAAGGAAAUACAAAGGAUUCUGCCGGGGCCCCUGAAGGAUGCGGUGGACGUGUGGACCUGGAAGCGAUGCUACAGCAUGCAUGAGGUCAACUCGGCCCUGAGCAAAGUCCAGCUUGUGGGUUAUUCACAAAAAGUGGAGUUGUUUGGGGCCGUCCAGGUUUCUCCUUUAAGUUCCGGAUACUCACUGGGAAGCUCAAACUGGAUCAUCCAGUCUCAUCACGAGAAAGUUUCCUAUGUGUCGGGCUCGUCGCUGCUCACCACACACCCACAGCCGAUGGAUCAAAGCUCCCUGAAGAACAGCGACGUUCUGAUUCUGACGGGUCUCACUCAGAUGCCGACCGCCAACCCAGACGGCAUGCUAGGAGAAUUCUGCAGUAACCUAGCCAUGACGAUACGAGCAGGAGGUAACGUGUUGGUGCCGUGCUACUCCUCGGGCGUGAUCUACGACCUGCUGGAGUGUCUGUACCAGUUCAUCGAGAGCGCCAACCUGGGGACCACGCCUUUCUACUUCAUCUCUCCAGUGGCCAACAGCUCGCUGGAGUUUUCUCAGAUCUUUGCUGAGUGGCUUUGCCACAACAAGCAAACAAAGGUUUACCUCCCCGAGCCUCCUUUCCCACACGCAGAGCUGAUCCAAACCAACAAACUGAAGCACUAUCCCAGCAUUCACGGAGACUUCAGCAGCGAGUUCCGUCAGCCGUGCGUCGUGUUCACUGGCCACCCGUCCCUGCGCUUUGGGGAUGUAGUUCACUUCAUGGAACUGUGGGGCAAAUCCGGCCUGAACACCAUCAUCUUCACUGAACCAGACUUUUCCUACCUGGAUGCUCUGGCUCCGUACCAGCCACUGGCCAUGAAGUGCGUUUAUUGUCCCAUUGAUACGCGGCUCAACUUCCACCAAGUGGCAAAGCUGCUGAAAGAAGUCCAGCCCCUCCAUGUGGUGUGUCCGGAGCAGUACACCCAGCCUCCCAUGACCCAGUCGCACCGCUCCGACCUGAUGCUGGAGCUGCAGCCUCCUCCUGUGCCCUACAGGCGCUGCUCCGUCCUCAACCUGCCCUUCAGACGCCGCUACGAGCGCGUCUACAUCCUGCCUGAGUUGGCCAACUCGCUGGUGCCGUCUGAGGUCAAACCCGGCAUCUCUGUAGCCACCGUGUCUGCGGUGCUGCACUCGAAGGACAACAAGCACACGCUGCAGUCGGUGCCGAAACCUCCUCCAGUUCCACCCAGUAAGAAGAGGAAGCGGCUGAUGGAGGAGCCGCCCGUGCUGCUGACCCCCAAACCCCUGUUGAGUGGGGCCGUGCCCCUUGAGGCCUUCCUGGCAAUGCUGCAGAAGCACGGCAUCACAGAGGUCAAAGUGGAGGAGACGGUGGACGGACACAUCCUGCACCUGCAGGCCCAGGACACGCUGAUCCAGCUGGAGGAGGAUGGAACGCACAUCGUCUGCGACAACAAUGAGCCGCUGCGCACCACGCUGAGAGAUCUGGUGCUGCGCUUCCUGCAGAAACUCUGACUUCUCCUCCUCCCACCCCCGUUGGACUCACAAGAUUCCCAGCAUACCUCACUCCUAUUUAAUGUUUACACCCUUUGCAGUGUUGUUUUGUAAGACCGUUCACAGUGCACCGUCUGAAUGGCUGCACAUUUAUACUGAAUAAAAGCUAUUUUUUUGUGUCUGUUGAACCAGCAGAUCCAGUGA